CCCAGUUACGCUUGUAAAGAAAGAAAUAAGGGGAAACGACAAGUGUUUAAUCAACAAACAAAAAGCAUUUUUUGAACAUCACCAAAACAGGAUCAAUAUCUUAAUUUUCAUUUCGCAAAACCCCUAAAUAAGUAGGUAAGUAGUGACAAUGGCAGAAAAACUAAUACAAACCCUAAUCUGGUAUGCCGCUAGCGCUGCCGUUAGUUACUGGGCAAUGCUCGCCGGUCUCCGUCUUCUCGACAACAAUCGCCAUGAAAACCAACGAUCAAUCGAACAACGCAAGCAGCUUUUCAAACGUCUUGGUCGUACCCUAAUUCCAACCACUCCUUAUGAGGAUAUGAUAGCAUCUGAUGUUGUAAAUCCAGACCAUAUAGAUGUGGAAUUUGAUUCGAUCGGUGGAUUGGAUAGUACUAAACAGGCAUUGUAUGAAUUGGUUAUACUUCCGUUACGUAGGCCCGAGCUGUUUGCCAAAGGAAAGCUUCUUGGCCCACAAAAAGGGGUUUUGUUAUAUGGGCCGCCUGGGACAGGGAAGACAAUGCUGGCUAAGGCGAUUGCUAAAGAAUCUGGUGCAGUUUUUAUUAAUCUUAGGGUUUCUAAUUUGAUGAGCAAGUGGUUUGGUGAUGCUCAGAAACUUGUUUCAGCUGUUUUCAGCCUGGCUUAUAAAUUGCAGCCUGCGAUUAUCUUCGUUGAUGAGGUUGACAGUUUCCUUGGACAGCGUCGUUCAUCAGAUAAUGAAGUUUUAACCAAUAUGAAAACUGAAUUCAUGGCCUUGUGGGAUGGUUUCACCACCGACCAAAAUGCUCGAGUGAUGGUACUAGCAGCAACUAAUCGGCCCUCUGAUCUUGAUGAAGCAAUACUUAGACGACUUCCACAGGCUUUUGAAAUUGGAAAACCUGGGCAGGGUGAUAGAGCAAAGAUACUUGAAGUAACAUUAAAAGGAGAGCGAAUAGAAGAAAAUAUUGACUUUGAUCACAUAGCUAGUUUGUGUGGCGGUUUCACUGGUUCAGAUCUUGUUGAGCUCUGUAAACAAGCAGCGUAUUUUCCACUCAAGGAGUAUUUGCAAGACGAGAAGGAUGGGAAACAAGUUUAUGCACCAAGGCCAUUGUCCCAAAUGGACCUAGAACAAGCUGUUGCUGCAUCAAGAAAAGCAAAAAUUCCAACAUAUGCAGUUGGUGGGUCAACCUUUUGGUCAACACGUAUUGACCCUGACGAUAAUGAGGGUUUCUAUAGCUGAAAGAGAAGGCUAACAUGUCUAUGUGUUGUUAUGGUUCUGAUUAUUGAACCUCAUAGUUACUUAUAUCUUCAUUCAACACCUUAUAAUGAUUCUUCUAACACAAUUGUUGUAUAGGAAGUCAAUAGCAAGGCAGUUACUAGUCAAGUACUGUAGGCAUUUACAUUCUAUGAAAAAACUACGUUGUAUUUCUAUGGUUAUCAAUUUAUAUAAAAUUAAUUGAUCA